UGACGUCGCUUCCGGUAUUUUAAAUAUGGCGGAUAAACGCAUGAAAAUGUCCUGCACGAUUUGAAGCUUAUAAAAGUUAUUUUAUGGCACUUGUUUGCUGCUGACAAGAACGAGUUCAAAAGGCGAACAAAGGCUUCCACCAUGAGCAGCAGGAGGAAACGUGCGCCGCCAGUGCGCGUGGAUGAGGACGCCAAGAGGAGACUGGACUGGAAUAUGCAUGAAGACCGCAAGAAUGAAGGAGCUUGUGAAGACAUUCUGGAGUCCGUCCCAGCACCGUCUGACAGCUGUCUGCCUGUACCAGUGCUUGAGCAAGGUUUUAUAUCUUCUGCAGGCACAGAAGAAGAACCAUCAGAAGAGCGUCCAAGCUGCUCCACACAGGAUUCUCCUCCAGACACCAUUGAACUGAAUGUAAUGCCAAUUUCUGUUCUGGAUCAAGGGUGGAACGCACUGAUCGGAGAGUUUAACUUGCAUCCAAAGAUUCCUAUUGAGGUUGCAGAUGGUUCAUUCUGCCUGCAGCAAACAGGAGACACACUGAGCAUGACUCUGAACACUCUUGAGAUGGAGGAUGGGAGGGGUAGAAGUGAUCCGCUCUGUUCGGUGCCUGUCGCAUGUUCACUUGGUGGACUGUUGUUGGAGGAUCUGGAUUGGCUGCAGAAGAGGAAGGUCAUUAAAUUGUGUCAUGCAUCAGGAGGUGUGCCGGUGAAGCUGAAAGUUUUUCUUAUUGAAUCAGGAUUGGGCAGACCGGAAUUCCUCAGUGAAGGAAACGGACGGAUUAAAAAAGCCAGUCAGCUUCUGCAGAAAUUAAUGGAAUUGUUUUACGACUUCAUCAUCCCUGAGGUGAUGGAGAAUGAAGAGGAGGCGUGUGACACUGAUCUGGAGCGUCAGAACGUGGAGGAGCUGUACGAUCACGUCAGACACCUCCACCAGACCGAAGCAGCCGAGCAGAGCUUCCACGUCCAGCACCCGGCUCUCAUCCCCAUCCUGAGACCCUACCAGAGUCAGGCCGUCAACUGGAUGCUAAGGAGGGAGAAAUACAAAAGCAGCAGCUCUCCAGAGCAAAGGUUGCAUUUUCUUUGGAGGGAAAUGGUCACGAUUUGCGGGAAAAAACUCUUUUACAAUCCCUACACUGGAUGCCUGAUUCGAGAGUUUCCUCUGGCUGGAGUGGACUGGCCCGGCGGGAUCCUUGCUGAUGAGAUGGGACUUGGGAAAACUGUGGAAGUACUGGCUCUGAUUCUGUGUAACACUCGGCAAAACCUGGAGCACGGGGUCCUCACUUUACCUGUGGGUCGGUCUGUGAAUUACUUUGUUCCUCCUCCACCAUUAGAGAGACAAAGAAUCAUAAAGCAUGAGCCGAGACCCAAAGAGAAGAUCAUAUAUCCAGCUGUUCGUGAGAUGCUGUUAACUGCUAUUAAGGAAAUGAAGGUUGGAAAAGGAGCAUCGAUUAAUGCAAUUUUUGCUUAUCUGCGGACCAUGUACAAGUACGACACCCUGAAGAACCGCAACCACAUCAAGAAAAUCCUGACCAAGCUCAUUAGCGAGAACAUUGUGGAGCAGAUCAAAGGACGAGGCUUAGCGGGAUCCUUCAAACUGGGGAAGAACUACAAAGAGAAGAAGAAGAAGCCUGUCACUGCACGAACUAAGUCUGCUGACCAGCCCGCUCCCAGGAGAACAUCUCGUCGAGUUUCUGCUCCGGAUAAAGAUUCCUCACUGACCUCCUAUACAACAACAGCAUCAGAUUCAGCAUCGGAAGACAGUAUGAAUCCUCCUCUUCUCACAGAAGAGCUGAAAUCUGAUCCUGAUUCACUUCUGGACCCAGAAAAUCCCCUGCAGAAAAAACCUGUAGACAUAACAGAUGAUAAAGAAAUACCCGACAAACCCCAACUGCAAAUAACAGAAGACGUCCAUAUUGAAUCUAACAAACCAGAUCUUAUGCAAACCUCAAAACCUGAAGUCGAAACGCCAACCAGAGCGUCUGUGGUCCCGUUUAAUACUCCAGACUACCGCUUUGAGUGCAUCUGUGGAGAGCUGGGCCUGGUGGACUAUAAGCCCCGGGUUCAGUGUCUGAACUGUCUGUUAUGGCAGCAUGCCGAGUGUGUCAACUAUAAGGAGGAGAAUCUGGAAACGACGCCAUUUUAUUGUCCUCACUGUCUGGUGGCCAUGACACCAGUGUCCACUGGAGCGACUCUUAUCAUCUCACCCAGCUCAAUUUGUCAUCAGUGGGUGGAUGAAAUCAACCGGCACAUUCACACCUCCUCCCUCAGAGUGCUGGUGUAUCAGGGCGUGAAGAGACACGGUUUUAUCCAGCCUCACAUUCUGGCCGAGCAGGAUGUGGUCAUCACCACUUAUGACGUUCUGCGCACUGAACUCAAUUAUGUGGAUAUUCCUCACAGCAAUAGUAAAGAUGGCCGUCGAUUCCGCAACCAGAAGCGCUACAUGGCCAUACCGAGCCCUCUAGUGGCUGUGGAGUGGUGGCGCGUUUGUCUAGAUGAAGCUCAGAUGGUGGAGUGCACCACAGCCAAGGCUGCAGAAAUGGCUUUGCGUCUCACAUCUGUUAAUCGCUGGUGUGUGAGUGGAACACCUGUGCAGAGAGGUUUGGAGGACCUGUAUGGUCUCGUCCUGUUCUUGGGAGUUGAUCCCUACUGGGUGAAGUACUGGUGGGAUCAGUUACUCUAUCGCCCGUACCGUCACGGCAAUACAGCACCGCUCUACAACGUCAUUGGUCAACUACUAUGGCGAUCUGCCAAAAAAGACGUCAUUGAUCAGAUCCAAAUCCCCCCUCAAACAGAGGAGAUCCAUUGGCUUAACUUCUCCCCCGUGGAAAGACACUUUUACCACCGUCAGCAUGAGGUUUGCUCCCAGGAUGCUUUAGUGAAGCUAAGGAAGAUCUCAGAUUGGUCACUGAAGCUAGGAAGUUUGGACCGUCGUACCGUCACUACCAUAUUAUACCCACUUUUGCGUCUGCGCCAGGCCUGCUGCCACCCGCAGGCCGUCCGAGGAGAAUUUCUACCCCUUCAAAAAAGCACAAUGACAAUGGAGGAGUUGUUGAAGUCGCUGCAGAAGAAAUGUCGUGUGGAGUGUGAAGAAGCGCACAGGCAGCUGGUCUGUGCUCUCAACGGUCUGGCUGGAAUCCACAUCAUUAGAAGUGAGUUUGUAGAUGCAGCGGAGAUGUACAGGGAAGUGUUGCGAUCAUCUGAAGAACACAAAGCAAGGCUGAAAACUGAUUCCCUUCAGAGGCUUCAUGCAACCCACAAUCUAAUGGAACUUCUAAGUGCAAACCACCCUGGGAUUCCUCCAACCCUGAGAGAUGACAGUCUCAAAGAAGAGGCCGAGCAGCUGAAGCAGCAUUACAUGGCCAAAGUGAACUCUGAGGUUUCUGAAGCACAUCAAAACCUACAGCCUGUUCUUCAGCACAUUAAAGAACAAAGACGCAAGGUAAACCUUCGCUCCCCCUGGUGGCUGGAUGUCAUACAGCAGGCCAUGCAGUACUCCAUGGAUGAUGAUCUUGUCAGCCGCAUUCAAAAUGAGCUUACAUGCAGUUAUAAACAACAAGCCAACAAGCUCUCAAUGGCAGACAAAUUUCGAGACGCUCGGGGUCUUCAGUUUCUGCUCAGCACUCAAAUGGAUGAUUUGAUGAAGUCACAGAAAACAGUCCAGGAUGCUGUGAAGAAGCUGGAAGGGCCGCCGUCUCAACAAGUCAUCGAGGAAGCAACACUUUGCCACCUGCGACCUGUUCGUCUGCCACUGAACAACUGUGUGUUUUGCAAAGCAGAUGAACUUUUUACAGACUACGAGUCGAAGCUUUUCUCGCACACAGUAAAAGGGCAGACGGCUAUCUUUGAGGAGAUGAUUGAAGACGAGGAAGGGCUGGUAGAUGACAGGCUUCCCACCACCAGUAGAGGAUUAUGGGCCGCCAGUGAGACCGAACGAGCUCUUAAAGCCAUCUUGUCCUUCGCUAAAGUCCGCCGCUUGGAGUCUGGCCUCAUCGAGGAGGGAAACUCCUUCAUGGAGCUCUUCGAGUCCUGGAAGAAAGAAUACAAGCUUCUGCAUGAGUACUGGAUGUCUCUGCGGGAUCAUGUAUCUGCUAUAGAUGAGCUGGGAAUGGCCACCGAGAGGCUGCGUGUGCGCUUACCUGAUGAGCCCAAACCCAAAGUCCUGCAUAUUAUUGAGCCUCACGAGGUGGAGCAGAACAGGAUAAAGCUGCUCAAUGACAGGGCAGUGGCCAAAUCACAGCUGCAAAAAAAGCUUGGGCAGUUUCUCUAUCUCACAAACCUGGAGAAGUCUCAGGAUAAGUCCACUGGUGGUCUGAAUCCAGAACCAUGUCCAAUCUGUGCUCGUCCGCUGGGUCAGGAGUGGGCCGUACUGACCUGUGGACACUGUUUCUGUAACGAGUGCAUCGCCAUCAUUGUGGAGCAAUACAGCAUCGGCAAUCGACGGAGAGCUAUAAAGUGUGCCAUAUGCCGACAAACCACUUCACACGCAGAGAUCUCAUAUGUGUUCACCACUCAAAACAACCACCAGGGGCAGGACAUCCCUGUGAAGGGUAGCCACUCCACGAAGGUCGAGGCUGUGGUUCGAGUCCUAAAAAAAGUCCAGAUGACCGACCCGGGAGCCAAGUCUCUUGUGUUCUCCACGUGGCAGGGCGUCCUGGACAUCAUCGCCAAAGCCCUGUUUGACAACAACAUGGAGUUUGCACAGAUCAACGGAAUUCACAAGUUUCAGGAGAACCUGAGUGCUUUCAAAUAUGAGGAGAAGAUCAACAUCUUGUUGCUGCCACUGCACACAGGCUCCAAUGGACUGAACAUCAUUGAAGCAACACACGUGCUACUGGUGGAGCCCAUCCUAAACCCCGCCCACGAGCUGCAGGCCAUAGGAAGAGUGCAUCGGAUUGGCCAGACCAAACCCACAUUUGUUCAUCGGUUUCUGAUUAAGUCCACCAUUGAGGAACGGAUGCAAGCCAUGCUGAAAACAGCAGAAAAGAGUCACAGUUCCACGUCUAUGAAGCAUUCGGAGGCCUCUGUGUUUACAGUGGCAGACCUGGCGGAUCUGUUCACCGAGGACAGCGAGACUCUUGAGUAAACGCGUCUCCAGACCUGCCAGCCCAAAGGCCAGUAAUGCGAACACCACACUAACACCAGCCAGGAGAUCCUCUAUGUUUGCAUUGCACAUUCCCCUUUCUAUAGGGUCUGUCCCAUAGUCUACUUUAUCUAUUCGGCUGGGUGUGAAAAAAGAUGAUUUGAUGUACUGUACAUUUUCUGUCCUGUUUAUAGCUGGUGUCAUUUUUUUUAUUAAUGCCUUGCUGCUGUUUUACUAUGGUUUUAAUGAAUUGUAUUGAAAUUAGAAUACCUUUCUAAUGUUAUACAUCCUGUGCAGUGGACAGUUUUUAACAUUAGCACUCAUGUAUAUGUGACUCUGAUGAAGCAAAUGUUUUAUAACCCAUGGUAAUCACUGUCAACCUGUACUGUGAAGCUGGUAAAAACACAGUAUGUGGAAAUUAUUGGAGUUAUGAUGUUGCUCUGUUUUGUUUUUUAUUAUAAAUGUAACCCUGGAUGACAAAA